UACCAGCGGCAGGAGGGAAAGCCCGGGGGCUGCCUGCAGCCAUGUCAGCCCUCGGCCUGGUCACUCUGGGCCUGCUCACAGCAGUGCCCCCGGCCAGCUGUCAACAAGGCCUGGGGAACCUGCAGCCCUGGAUGCAGGGCCUGAUCGCCGUGGCCGUGUUCCUGGUCCUUGUUGCAAUCGCCUUUGCUGUCAACCACUUCUGGUGCCAGGAAGAGCCGGAGCCCAUGAACAUGGUCAUGACCACUGGAAACAAGGCAGAGGGGAUCAUGGUAGGAACGGACGGAAGGUACUCCUCGAUGGUGGCCAGCUUCAGGUCCAGUGAGCACGAGAAUGCCUACGAGAACAUUCCUGAGGAAGAGGGCAGGGUCCGGAGCACCCCCAUGUGACCUCUGCUGGCCUGAGGCCCCAGCCCUGAUCCCAGGGGCCUGUGAUGGAUGCUCAGCUCACCCCCUGGACCCUUUCCUUCUCUGUGCGGGAAUCUACACUGAGGGGCUGACUCCCCACCUCACCCUGCCCCACCUCACUUGAAUUGCUGCCAGCCAAGGUUGGAGCUCAGACUGUGUCCAGGUUGGGACUGACUGUGACCUGGGGGUCUCCUGGGCGUCCACCACCCAAUUCAAUUCAGAAGACCCUUCUGAAGAAGACAGUCAGCUCAGCACCUCCCAUCCUGCCUCAUGUCUCCUCCCCUCCUCCGUGGAAAUGGCCCUCAGUUCUGAGAAAUAAAGAUGUU